AUGCUUCUUCAGUUGGGCUAUCGUCGAUGUUUUGCAAGCGUCGUGCAUGCGCAGACCGAGUCUGUGACGUAUUUUCUCGCGGACGCAUGUCAUGGCGUCGGUUUCACUCUGGCAAAGAGUAUUCUGGGAAAAUCACCCAUGACUAAACUCGCGGCCGCGACGCAGAGCACGGCGUGCGCGCAAGAAUUCAAGAACGCUUUCUGGGACGGCGACCGACUGAUAACAUCAUCUUUUGACCUGACUGACCAACGUCAGUUGGAAAAUUUUGUAUCGAGGUCGAAGUAUAGUCUAGGUGACGACGUUCAAGUCUUGCUCGCGAAUGUAGGAGAAUUACCGAGUCGAUGGCAGCGCCAGUUUCUUACAACGCCUUUAAUCGGAGAUACGAUCGCGAGUGAAUGGAUCCGACUGUGUAAAGACGUUGCCGCCGUUGGAAUUUUACUGAAGACCAUACUGCCGUCCAUGAUGGCGGCGCCCACACUCAUCGGACGCCGAAAAGUUGUUGCAAUAUUUUCGCAUCAAUCACCACGUGCAUCGGCAGUGAACGCCGUUGCGUUCAAAGUUGCGAAUGCUGCGCUUGACGAGCUUGUACGAUCAACGAGCGUAGAGUUAGCUCGAAACGCAGCGCAAUCGGAAUUUGUUGUCGUAAAAGUCUCCACGCCGAUUCUCGCCGAUCGCGGGGCACAACUUGAGUGGUGCACAGAAGUCAGCAAGCAGAUAGAUCGGCUCAGAAAAGAUGAGAGUUUUGCACUCCAGUACGAUGGUCAAAGCUUACCCAUUCCAGGGUAUCCAGCGCAGAUUGACACUUUUGGGUACGAUUCUAAUGUGAUGUGA